GCUCUUAGCUGCCGCAGCGGCCGAGAGAGGAGCUGGGAACUGGGAGCAGACACUGGGGAGGAAGAAUCGGGAGACAAACAGAACCAGGGAGAGCGCACCGAAGGCCGGGGACAAGCUGUCACCUCCGAAUCGGGCCGCGCUACGCUCCAUGGCUCAGCCCUUCUGCAAGUCCAGAGAGAUCUGAGCGCCCCCUGCACCCCCGCUCCGGCUCCGGCCCUUCCCGCAGAGACAUCGCCGCCCCUCCAUCCACCAACCACCGCCGCAUCCCUCCCUCUCUCUUCAUCCAUCCAUCCAUCCACCCAUCCAUCCCCAGCCCGGUCGGCCGGGCCCAGAUUCCAGCAAGAUGGACAUGUUCAUGAAGGGCCUGUCCAUGGCCAAGGAGGGCGUGGUAGCUGCUGCAGAGAAGACCAAACAGGGGGUCACAGAGGCUGCAGAAAAGACCAAGGAGGGUGUCCUCUAUGUUGGAAACAAGACCCGGGAGGGGGUGGUACAAGGCGUCACAUCAGUGGCCGAGAAGACCAAGGAGCAAGCGUCCCAGCUAGGAGGCGCGGUGUUCUCUGGGGCUGGGAAUAUCGCGGCUGCCACGGGCCUGGUGAAGAAAGAGGAGUUCCCCACCGAUCUGAAGCCAGAAGAAGUGGGCCAGGAGGUUGGGGAAGAGCCAAUGGCUGAGCCACUGCUGGAUACUGAAGGAGAGAGUUAUGAAGAGCCCCCCCAGGAGGAGUACCAGGAAUAUGAACCGGAAGCAUAAUGGGCCGGGCUCCGGCCCUCCCACCAGCAGCACAAUAACCGGCCCCCUAACCCCCAGAGCCAGGGCUAACCCCUACUUCCAUUCCCCUCAACAUAAGAUCUUCCUGACCCAAGCUCUUCUCCCCUUCCCAGAAGUCUGUGUUUGGUGUCUGUCCUUCCCUCCCUCCUGGGGGCAGUGGGCAGGGUGGAGAGCCUGGGAGCCUCCCAGUUCUCCUCCCCCAGCCACCCCCUCUCCCAGAGUGGGAUACAGCAUGGCCCAUAUGUUUUUAAACAAAGUUAGGCAAAAUCAAUCCUGGCCUAGGCUAAGACUGAAGUACUUCCUGCCUGGCUGGGGGCUCCCUGGGUGAGCCUGGGUCCCCUAUACUUCCUCCCUACAAUUGGGCCCCUGGGGCUCCCCAGGGUAGCCUAGACCCCCUCCAGGACCUAAGAACUUGUGUUUUUAACCCAAAGCAGGAGCCAGGCCAUGUAUUUCCAUCCCCUAUCUCCAAUUCCUCUGUCCCCUGCCCUCCCUUUGAAAAUUUCACUGGAGUCACCCCCAACCUGACCCGGCCCGGGCGGUGUGUGUUGUGACUGUGGCAUGGAGACAUCCUUCCCUUCCUGUGUGUGUGUCAUGGGGCUGCUCCCCAUCCUGGGACUCCCCAGUGUGUCCAUGAAUAAAGCCAAUUGUCUGUAUUCA